GCGUUAACUUAGAAUCCCAGAUUUAACCUCGAGGAUAUUCCUAAAACCCGGAAUUAUCCAUCACCACCACCACCCUGUCCUGUGUUUUACCUUAAUUAACCAAACACAUGCAUUCUUUCCAUAUACCUUUUCUCUAUCCAUAGUUCCAAUUUCCUUCCGCAUAUCGAAUCCGUCGCAUCGCGCAUUUUCUCUUUUUUCCUUUCAUCUCCUUAUUCCUCUUCUUGUCUUUUGUUCACGUUUCUCCCUCCAUCCAUCCCUCCCUCCCUGAACCGAGUCACGCGGCGGACAAUCGGCAUGACUCGGCGGUGCUCCCACUGCAGCAACAACGGCCACAACUCCCGGACGUGCCCGUCGUCGCGGGGGGCCGGCGCCGGCGUCAAGCUGUUCGGGGUGAGACUGACGGAUGGAUCAAUCAUAAAGAAGAGCGCUAGCAUGGGAAACCUUAACCUCGCCUCCACACACCACCAUUCUUCUCCUUCUUCUUCCAACCUCGCCGCCUCCUCUCCCAAUCCAAGCUCUCCCUGCUCCGACCCGCCCCAUGAGCCCCAAGGUUACUUGUCCGACGACCCCGCCCAUAUCUCUACCUUCGCUAACCGCCGCGGAGAAAGAAAGAAAGGUGUUGCGUGGACUGAAGAAGAACAUAGACUGUUCUUAAUUGGUCUCCAGAAGCUGGGCAAAGGAGACUGGCGUGGGAUAGCACGUAAUUUUGUUGUAUCAAGGACCCCUACUCAAGUAGCAAGUCAUGCCCAGAAGUAUUUUAUCCGGCAAAGUCAUGCUACCAGGAGAAAGAGACGUUCCAGCCUUUUUGACAUGGUUCCAGAAAUGACUUCAGAUCCACCUUCUGUGCCAGAAGAACAAGUUCUGCUUCCACCUUCUGAGAAUUCGCUACCUUGUAAUGGAAAUUCGCAGCCUUCACUAAAUCUCUCCCUGAAAUCAGAAUUUGAACCCAUGGAAACUACUUCUCAAGAAAACGUGGAACAGAGCAAUGAAACUAUGAUGGGAUCAAACGGACUGACAUCAAUGGCUCCUCAUGGAUUCUUCCCCACUUAUUUACCUGUUCCAUUUCCCAUAUGGCCAUCAACUGCAGCUCCUUUUGAAGAAGUUAAGGGAGGAGAGACAUCUCAUCAUCAGGUCCACAGGCCAAUCCCAGUCAUUCCCAAGGAACCUGUGAAUGUUGACGAACUCGUGGGAAUGUCUCAUCUCAGCAUUGGGGAAACACAGGUACGUGAUAGAGAGCCUUCCCCACUUUCCUUAAAGUUAUUAGGGGAACCCUCUAGGCAGUCAGCAUUCCAUGCAAAUGCUCCGGUUGGUGGUUCGGAUUUAAAAACUGGCAAGAACAAAGCAAUUCAAGCGGUUUGAGCUCUUAAGGUCUGGUGAAGAUAGCAGCAGUAAUUAAGCCUUCUUUUGUUCAUCUUUUCAUUUGUACUAUCAUAUAUAAUUUUUUUUUUCUGAGCCCUAGUGUUUAACCUUCCAAUCAGUAGAGCAAGUUAUAUGGUGGCAUGUAGCUCAGGUUAGAUCAAUUAUUGGAAAAUAUUUAUUCUUUCUAACUGUAAACAAAUGAAGCUUUAAUAAUCAAAUAUCACCAGGAGGUCUUUGUACCUCUAGGUUUGGUUA